GGAGUCCCCGGGGCUGAGCUGCCGGACGAGGAGGCUGCAAGUUUUCAAACCUCAACUGUAAGACCUGAUUAGUGUCGCCGCCGUCUCUGCUGCCGCUGCUACUGUUGCUGUCGCCUUCGAAGCCGAGGUCGCAGCCGCCGGGAGGGAAGGAGUACCUCGUCCUGGCCUCGUCCAGAGCUUGAGGACUUGGGUCUCCCUUUUUUUGACUCGGGACCUCGGGAUUUCCCCCGCCGAGGGGGCAGCCUGUGCGGGGAGCAGCCGGUGAAAAUAAGCAACUAGAGAAGAAUACCUUUAUACUCAGUAUGUCAAGAAGAAGAUUUGAUUGCCGGAGCCUCUCAGGCCUGCUGUCUACAGCUAUCCAAACUCCAAUAAAGACAGAAAACUUCCACAAUUUUUACAUGCUCACAUCUAAAGAGCUGGGCAGAGGAAAAUUUGCUGUGGUGAGACAAUGUAUUUCAAAAUCCACCGACCAAGAAUAUGCUGCUAAAUUUCUAAAGAAGAGAAGAAGAGGUCAGGAUUGUCGAGCAGAGAUCCUACAUGAAAUCGCUGUGCUUGAAUUAACAGAGUCCAGUUCCCGUGUGAUUAAUCUCCAUGAAGUCUAUGAAACUUCAAAUGAAAUCAUUUUGGUGUUAGAGUAUGCUGCAGGUGGAGAAAUUUUCAACUUAUGUUUACCUGACCUAGUUGAAAUAGUCUCUGAAAAUGAUAUCAUCAAACUUAUUAGACAAAUAUUGGAAGGAGUUUCUUAUCUACAUCAAAACAAUAUUGUGCACCUUGAUUUGAAGCCUCAGAAUAUCUUAUUAAGCAGCAUUUCUCCACUUGGAGACAUAAAAAUUGUAGAUUUUGGGAUGUCUCGGAAGAUAGGAAAUGCGUGUGAACUGAGAGAAAUAAUGGGAACUCCUGAAUACCUAGCCCCAGAAGUGUUGAACUAUGAUCCUAUUACCACAGCAACAGACAUGUGGAAUGUUGGCAUAAUUGCAUACAUGUUAUUAAUGCAUGCAUCUCCAUUUGUGGGAGAAGACAAUCAAGAAACAUACCUCAAUAUUUCUCAAGUCAAUGUGGAUUAUUCUGAAGAAAUGUUUUCAUCAGUCUCACAGCUGGCCAAAGACUUUAUUCAGUGUCUUUUAGUAAAAAACCCAGAGGACAGACCAACAGCAGAAGACUGCCUCUCUCAUCCUUGGCUCCAGCAACGGGACUUUGUAGAUUUGUUUCAUCCUGAAGAAACUUCCUGUUCUUCUCAAACUCAAGAGCACACGGUCAGAAACUCAGAAGACAAAACCAUUAAAUCUACCUGUAAUGGAACCUGUGGCAACCGAGAAGAUAAGGAGAAUAUUCCUGAGGACAUUAGUACGGUUUCCAAACGAUUUCGUUUUGAUGAUUCCUUGCAUAAUCCCCAGGAACUUGUUCCAGAUUUGUUGUGCUAGCAACUUUCUCUUCAUCAUUUGAACUGAAUUAAAAUCCACUGCAGUGUUGCCUAUGAGAUAUUAUGUUUUGUAGCUUCAUGUAUAAUGUGCUUAUACUGAACGUGCACUUUUGAUUUGGGGAAGGAUUGAAGGAAAUGUAUUUGUGUUAAAGUAUUGGUUCAUAAUGAGAGAUCUUGCUCCCUGUCCUGGAACCACAGAACUCGCCAGAGAAGAAAAUUCAAUUACUAUAUUUGCACAUUUCAGACAUUACUUCAGAAAUGAAUAGUUCUGAAUAUUUUUAGCUCUGUAUUCUGUAAAUAAGAAAAACUAAGCUAAAUUUCACUAGGUUUGCCAAAGAGUUGCUAUACAGUACCAGCUAAGUACUUUUGGUAAUUUUUUGGUGAGGACAUAAAUGCAGAAGAAUAAAUAAGUUGAAAGUUAGUCUUUUGUUUUCCCCUAGGGUAAAUGUUGUGUUAUCUUUCUAUUAAUUGAAUUCAUUUCGAACAACAACAUCAAAAUUAAGCCGUUCCGUUUACUCACUUUCCACUUAACACCCAGGAGCCAUCUUGCCACCAAGAAAAGCACUCAGCCUUUAGUUUCCUGGCUUUGCAUACAUCUUAACAAAGAAUGUGAUAUUUUUCUUGGUAAAAAGAAAUAAUACGAGUUUCCUCUGUGGUUUAACACUCAGGAAAGUGUUUUCGAACUUGGGUUUUAUAGUCUUAAUAGGCCUUUCCUCACCCCCAAAAUAUACCCAAUCAAAUACAGUUUGGAAGAUGGUUACAGAACAGCUGGCAAAGCCUUCUGACUGUUGCUCAUUGAAGAUACCUUAGAAAAUAGAGUAUUCCCCAUUGUUAAGCAGCCGUAUCUAUUGAAGGAAGAAGAGUAUAUGGCCAAAUUUAGCUAUGGAAGUAAGUAACAGAAUUUAGGAUGCAGAAUACUAAAGCUAAGAAUCUAAAACCAAGUAAGUCUGAGGAGAAACUAUUAGAGCACAGUCUCACUAAAGUGUGAAUGCCUAGAGUCCAGUAAAGAGCCAAGCUCAGAGGCAUUUAAACAGUGUUGGGAACAAGCUCAUUAAUACAUCUUUUGUACACACACAGCUCACAGUGAGUGGUGAGCUUCAGUAUGAAACAAAUUCCAUGAGGUCCUAUGGUGGCCUAUGUACUAACUGAAGACUACAAUGCAUCACUUUUUUUGGGACUUAGGCCAGAGAUUGUCACCUGGUGUCCUUGGUGUCCUCUAAAAAAGAUCCAAACAAGGAUGGGAGAUACUCUUCUCUCUAGCCAAGCCUUAAAGUCUACAAAAAGAGUGGCCUUCAUUAGCAGGUGUUUUGACAUCCCAGUAGGACAGCAUAAGGAAAGGUAAUUGGAGAUUUCGUGACCUGUUGACCUUCUUACACCAUAAAAAAGAAGCCAGCUUUGGCUAAAAAUGGUAAAGGACAUCUCUAGUUACCUCCCCAGAAGUCUAAAUCUCCAAAUGUCUCAGUAAUAGCUUUCAGACGUCACCAUUAUUACUAACAGCAAAGAGGGAUGGGUCCUUUGGCCUUAAUAUUGAAUUUACUUAAUGUUGUCAAGAGUUUUUUAAAGGAGAAGUUGUGUGUUGAAUAUAUGUGUGUAAGUUUUGAAUAUAUAAUCAUUUACACAACUCUUGAUUCAUGAUAACUCUAGGUUCUUUAAAGACGUGUGAAUCUAUUUUAUUCAACUCAGGUGCCAAAAGAAUUUUUCUCAUAUAUCAUGUACAUAUAUAAAGAAAUAGGUUUUAAACAACAGACUAGAAAUUCUAAAAGCUAAAAUGGGCAUCUUCCCUUCCUAUAAAAGCGAAGGAUUAUGGUUUUACAAUAAUCGUUUCCAUUGAUUUGCCAUCAGUAUUAAGUUAGUGCACUCAAGUGUCAAAUAACUUUCACUGGAGUAUUGGGAAGUGGUUAUGUGUAUCCAUUUUCUAUGAUAAAAUACAUGCUCACGUGUCCAGAAAUCUUGGUCCACAUCGAUAAAGGAAAUAAGCAAGAAAUGUAAAAUGUUGUAAUAUUAUAAGCACUAAAUAUUUUUAGUGCUUUCUUAUCAUUUUUUUCUGGAAGAAGCUUACAUUCAGCCAGUCUCUGCUUUUCCCCUUAGCUAUAGGGUAUACUGUAUAUCAAAUUUUAAGUUAAGCCUUUAAAAGUCUAUUUCAAUUAUUUACUUCGUCUCCUAAAAUUAAUUAAGGUUUACUGUGAAAAGACAGUAAGACUUGUAAACCAUGUAAAAUUCCAGUUGUGUCUAUAAAAAUGAAUGUAAGGAUUUCCACUAAUGGGCAAAAUAAGCAGCACCUUAAACAAUUUUCUGACUCAUUUUAUUGUUUCAGAUUAAGUUGAAUCCUGUGAAUGAGGGUAUUAUUUUGAAAUGUAUAAUCAUUAAAAAUUUCUGAUUUUAUUCCAAGAUGUUAAACUUUUCAAGUUUCUUACCUGAAGUGUUUAAAAUAAGGUUUCAUCUUAAAUUGCUUUAAAAGCAAGUAAGAGAAAAUAUAAUGAAAUAGUAUAAAUAAUAUUUUAUCAAACCACAGUAAAAGAAUAUUUCAAGGAUUUACAGGGGUUUUUCCCAUUAUUUUAGUUGGCUAGAAUAAUAAAUUUUUAGUUUGCUAACUUCACUUCACAAAAUAAAGGUCAAUAUAGUUGUAGCUUAAAAAUGGAUAAAAGCAAUUCAGGAGUAAGUUAUAAAAUUAUUGUCUGAAAUUUUACUAACAUUUUAAAAUUAAAAAGGCAAAACUGAAAUGAUACAGAAAAGGUUGCAAAAAGGUUAAAAAUAUAUUUACUACAUUGAAUUUUUUUCAUGUCCCUCAAGGAUACAUUGGUAAUUUUAAAAAAAAUUAAGUUUUUUUCACUCAGAACAAGCAAGGCUGAAUUAGGGAAUCAUUGAAACUUAAUGUAUAAUUACUCUUUCAUUUUUCAGUCACAGUAACUCCUAUAAAUCUUAUUUCCAUUUUCCCAAAGGGUCAAAUAACAACGCAUUAAAAAUGGAAAAGAGAGGGCAUUUUCACCAAGUUAAAAUGAAGGUCACCUUAACAGGAAUAAAUAUCAGUAAUUGUUCAACUGCUCUAAAAUUUAAUUCUAAAUUAUAAUAAUUUUGCAAAAUGAAAUUUACUUUCUGAAUAUGGAGUGCAAGGAGUUAAAGAAUACCUUAAAAGUAGAAAAUUCAGAUUUUAUUAUCUAUGGUCUCUUUGACUUAACUUUCCACUGUAAAGUUACAGCAAGUAUAAAACAUAAAAGCAAAGCACUUUAUACAUAUACAUACAAACAAAUAUGGAAUAGCGUACUGUCCCCAAAGAACAUUUAUCUGUUUUGAUAUCUAAAAUUGUUUACAUUUCUUACUCUAUCUUCAGUUUAGCAAUUGGAUUUCCAUAUGAAGCCAACACCUAGUAAUGGAUAUUUUUUGAAUUGUGUAAACAAUUGUACUUUUAUUUCAAAGUAUAAAAACAAAGUUUGAAAACUCUGGAUUAAUGUAAAUGUCUAAUUUUAUAAGAAUCUUUUAGAGUGCUUUAACUUACUGUAAAAUAUUGUAUAUAAUUCAAGUAUAGAUCCAACUGUCCUGUGGUAACUUUUGUUAGAUAAUUUAAGUUUUUAAGGAUAGAAUGACAUGUGAUCAAGUCUAUUAGAGCACUGUUCAUUCUAUGUACUUAAUGAGCCUUUUGAUUGUAAAUUAAAUGGCAUCCUUUUUUGUA